GUAAAAAAUUGCACUGACGUCCAUUCUGCUUGUGAGUAUUAUGGUCUGUCGGGAAUUCAGAGCCUUGCUAACGUUAGCCAAGCUAACGGUGGGUAAACAUGGAGCUCUCUGCUGUCGGGGAGAGGGUGUUCGCGGCCGAGUCGAUCAUCAAACGGCGAAUCAGGAAGGGUCGGGCUGAAUAUCUGGUGAAAUGGAAGGGCUGGUCUCCGAAAUACAGCACCUGGGAGCCAGAGGAGAACAUUCUCGACUCUCGCUUGUUCGUCGCCUUUGAGCAGAGGGAACGGGAGAGGGAACUGCACGGCCCCAAAAAGAGAGGACCCAAACCCAAGACGAUCCUGCUGAAGCAGGCUGAGACAAAAGUUAAACCCCGGUCUUAUGAGUUUAGGAGUGAAACUUUAAGAGGGAUGCACAUCACCUACCCCAACGCUGAGCCAGUGGUCACCCCACGGGCCAGGGAGGGCCUGAGGUCUGUGGUACCAAACAUUUUUCCUCCAGGCACUGUCAACCGUGGAGACAGUGUGUGUGUAAAACCAAUAGAACUGCCCAGAGAGCACAGGCCAGCCUCGCUCUACCAGAGUAACCGCGAAGACCUUGACCACAUACCUAAAAAGAGAGGGCCCAAGCCCAAGCCGCGGUUAGAUGAACCUGGAGACUCUGAGCUGCUCAAUAGGAGACUGGAGGAGCAUCCACACAAACUGAUUAAGCUGCCGAGCGGUCAAGAGAUGAGGCUGCUCAAAGUAAGUCACAGAUACCCCGAGGGUCACAAACACCACCACCAUAAACGCCACAGACACCAUCCAGAGCUGUCUGGCAACUCCCAUAAGCUUCUGUACAUGGACUACAGCCCACAGAUGCACUCUUUCAGGAUGAAAGACUCGUCCAGAUACAUGGCCCCUGCCCAUUUCAAACACCAGAGUCAACCUGUCCAGCUGCAGCGGAUGGAGAAACCGAACUUAUUAGACAAGCCUUCACCAACCCCCUUGGAAGAUGACCUGGAAGAAGUUACAUGGAGGCCAUCACUGGCCAGUGCGGCAGAAAUUCUGGUCACUGACGUUACCAGCAACCUGCUGACUGUCACCAUCAAGGAGAGCAACACUGCAAAAGGCUUUUUCAAAGAGAAGAGAUGAGAUGGGUUCUUUUGUCCAUUACUAUUGUAAACAAAAUUCGUUUUUAUAGUUUGUUAAAAAGAAAAAAAAAACUCUUUGGAAAAUGUUUAUUAUAAAGAUAGACUUCUAUUGAUUUUUUUGGCAAAAUAAAGUCUAUGUCCCAUAGUGCACAUGAUUUAGAACCAUGUUUCUUUUACAGAUACUGCCUGUAAAUUUUCUUAAGAAAAAAAUGUAUUUUUUGUUGUUAUUUUUGCCCACAUCAUCUACUGUCAGAGGUGUAUUUUUGUCACAUCUUGUGCUCGAAACCGGUGUGGAAUUAAUCUGGGAUUACACGUAAUUUGUUCUAGAUUAAAUCAUAUUUAUGAUAAAUUUAUAAUUGCUGAUAAGACUGAAAGUGGCCCUAUUAUAUUUAACAGAAUAUAUUUAAAUGAAAAGUACAGAAGCACUUUGUUUAGGAAACGAUUGAUGUUGAACUGCCCCAGAUUCCAAUGUCAUAGCAUUUCAUAUGUAAAUUGAUAUUUUCCUGUGAUCAAUUUAAUUCAAAUUGUAGGUACGUUUCAGUAUAUUUACCAUUUUUUUUCAUAGCAACUGCGCUUUAUUUUAACAAUUUCGAGUUUCAAUAAAUCUUUUAAUCCA